ACCUCUCCUAAAGCCAAGGACCAUUUCCUCAGCCACCACGGGGCAGCCCCAGCCCACUGCUUCCCCAGAGUGGGGGCAGAUGUGGCCAGGCUGGGUGUGAGGCACCAGAGGGGCUUGUCCCCAAGGGAGCUGAGCCAGAAACAUCCCUUGGAGCUGGAGCCCCUAACCUGCAUGAUGCUGAGUCUCAAGUUGCCCAGGCUGCUGAGCAUCAACCAAGUGCCUAAGGGCUACCAGGAGCAGGGGAUCCUCUUUGGGUAUCGCCCCCCCAGGAGCUCAGCUGCCGACUGUCUGCUCAGUGUCUUCCAGAUGACCAACGAGACCCUAAACAUCUGGACCCAUUUUGUGCCUGCCUGGUACUUUGUGUGGACCCUGGUGGGGCGGCUGCGGGGGCCGGGCGGCCCUGAGGACCCCCAGGCCUGGCCCCUCCUUGCCUACCUGCUGACCUGCUGCAUCUACCCUCUGGCCUCCAGCUGUGCCCACACCUUCAGCACCAUGUCCACCCAUGCCAGGCACAUCUGCUACUUCUUUGACUAUGCAGCUCUCAGCAUGUACAGCCUGGGCUCAGCCCUGGCAUACUCAGCAUACAUUUUCCCAGCCGAGUGGCUCGACAGCACCUUCCACCACUGCUACGUCCCCAUCGCCCUCUUCAACACCCUGCUCAGCACCAGCCUGUCCUGCUACUCCAGGUUUGUGGAGGUGGAGCAGCCCAGGCUCAGCAAGGCUUCCCGCACCCUGGCCUUCGUGUACCCCUACCUGUUCGACAGCAUCCCCCUCUUCUACAGGUUCUACCAGUGUGCAGCAGAGAGCUGCACAGAUGCUUCCAUCCUGCUCCACUACAAGCACACCUUCCUGGCCUUCCUCACCUGCUUCAUCUUCGCCAGCCACCUGCCAGAGAGGCUCGCCCCAGGACACUUUGAUUACAUUGGGCACAGCCACCAAGUCUUCCACGUCUGUGGGAUCAUGGGCACACACUUCCAGAUGGAGGCCAUCAUGAUGGACAUGGCUGAGCGACAGCGCCGCCUCCAGCCCCCCCUGCUGCUCCCCUCCUCCCUCCAGACCCUGGCCUCCAUGGGGGUCUGUGUGGCCACCAGCCUGGCUGUCAUUGGGCUCUGCUCCACCUUCCUGCCCUUCAUGCCAGAGCCUCUGCAGAGGGAAAAACCUCACAGGCAUUAGGCUGUGGGGCUGGGCAGGGUGUGUGGUGCUGCUGCCCACGAGGUGUGAGGGGAGGAGGAGGAGGAGAAGUUUGUUCCCCACUGCUCUCUGAGGACAAGGUUUUUCUUUCAGGCUUUUUCCUCAAGAGCAGAAGGUGGUUUUGCACUGGGCCUUGUACACAGAGCUUCUGGCAAGCUUUUUGACCAAGUUGCCUUGAUCAAAGGCAUCAGGAAUAUGUAAGAUGCCUUCUCUGGGGGGAGGUUAGAGGCAGCCAAGUGCUGAUGCUUUACCAAAGCAAGAGGCAUUCCUCAGCUCUGCCUGCUGGAGCAAUCAGGGAGCUGACACUGGGGAGCUGCUGGCACACAUAGCUUUGGCAGCAGG